CAAAAGAGCAUUGAAUAAAGAAGAACUACAAAGAAAGAAAGAAAAAUUCUGUGAAACACAUUUCUGAAAUCGUUCUUUCCCCUUAUUUGUCCUGUGGUGUGUACUUAACCUACCUGAAAAGUGAAAACUGACAAAAAUAACUAAGGUACAGAUACCCUUUGGUUAGUUCCUCUAACCACACUAAAAAAGAUUGAAACUUUUUGAAUUGUAUUUAUGGGUUUGAAGAAUUGAAUCAUAUUGUUCAAAAUUUUGCUUUUUAUUUCACUUAAAUUUGUGAAGAAAAAAUAGCAUAGUGGAAACACUGUAGCCAUGUCUUCCUGUAAUAUUCUUUGUAGUUAUCAGCUUUACAGUUCUUGUAAUGUCAAACCCCAAAUUGGUACUGUUAAAAAGAGCUGUUUUUAUCAAUCUUGGUCAAAUAGGCCACAUGGGUCAUCCUAUUUUCAUAAGAAUUCUCAGUUUAGAAGAAGCAAUUUUGUUAUUGUGAAGGCUUCAGAUUCAAGAACUAGCAGAAAACAAGUAGAGAUAACAUACAACCCUGAAGAGAAGUUUAAUAAAUUAGCUGAUGAAGUGGAUAGGGGGGCUGGGCUUUCAAGACUCACUCUUUUUUCUCCUUGCAAGAUAAAUGUUUUCUUGAGAAUAACAGAUAAGAGGGACGACGGAUAUCAUGAUUUGGCAUCUCUCUUUCAUGUAAUUAGUCUAGGAGAUAAAAUAAAGUUCUCGCUGUCACCAUCAAAGUCAAAGGAUCGUUUAUCUACUAAUGUUGCUGGAGUUCCACUCGAUGAGAGAAAUCUGAUUAUAAAGGCCCUCAAUCUUUAUAGGAGAAAGACUGGAACAGACAAUUACUUUUGGAUUCAUCUCGAUAAGAAGGUGCCUACUGGAGCUGGUCUUGGUGGUGGGAGCAGUAAUGCUGCAACAACUCUGUGGGCAGCAAAUCAAUUCAGUGGUUGUGUUGCCACUGAAAAGGAGCUACAAGAGUGGUCUGGUGAGAUUGGUUCUGAUAUUCCUUUCUUCUUCUCUCAUGGAGCAGCCUACUGUACGGGUAGGGGUGAGGUUGUUCAAGAUAUCCCAUCACCCAUACCAUUUGACAUUCCAAUGGUUCUCAUAAAGCCUCAACAAGAAUGUUCUACUGCUGAAGUUUACAAGCGUUUUCAGUUGGAUCUGUCCAGUAAGUUUGAUCCCUUGAGCUUGCUGGAGAAAAUCUCUACUAGUGGAAUAUCUCAAGAUGUGUGUGUCAAUGAUUUAGAACCUCCUGCCUUUGAAGUUCUUCCAUCUCUUAAAAGGUUAAAACAGCGAGUAAUUGCUGCAGGCCGAGGACAAUAUGAUGCAGUCUUCAUGUCUGGAAGCGGAAGCACAAUAGUAGGGGUUGGCUCUCCAGAUCCACCACAAUUUGUCUAUGACGAUGAAGAAUACAAGGAUGUCUUCUUGUCAGAAGCAAGUUUCAUCACUCGACCAGCCAACCAGUGGUAUGUAGAACCUGUUUCAUCUAGCAAUAUUGGUGAUCAACCUGAGUUCCCCACAUCUUUUGACAAGUCGUAAGGCUCAAAAGAGCCUGUAAAUUGAAGCAAUAAGAGAAGUUUUUGCAGUUGUAAAUUUUAUGUCCAAUAAUUUCGGUAAUCUCAUCCUUUCACUUUGGAUGUUCUAUUCAAGGAAGAAAAAAAUCAGUCACAAUCUGGUCGAAGUGUCAAAUGAGCGGGUUAGGUUAAACUUGAACCAAAUCAAUAAACAUGUUAUGAUUCAACUUGUUUGAGGUUUACUUGAGUUGAGAUGAAUUGCAAAACAAUGAGGUUAUAGUCCAACCCGCCUAACAUGGCUCAACCUUCCCUCCUACCUUGUCAUAGAAGGAAGAGAGGUUAUUUUCGAUAGACCUUCAGCUCACUAUUAUUAUUUAUCAAUUUAUCUUAUUUUUAUUUGGUAUGA